UAAAACCAUUUGGCAUUUGUUUCUACAAGAAAGGUGUAGUGUAACGUAGCUGCUGUGCCGUGCUGUGGUGCUUUUUUUUAUCUCUGAUUGAUAUUUGUCCUUUCUAAUAAUUCUAAUAUUAAUAUUAUACACAUAUUAAACGGAAAUAUGUGUAGAAAAUAGAACAGCAAUAUUUAUUAUUUCAUUUUGCUGAUAGAAAAUAAUUUCAGUGAAUCGAUGUUGAAACAUGAGUGAUAUUGAAAUGCGAGGAAGAAGACCAAAAGCUUGUUUCUGCAUUUGAUCGAUUACGCAUGGAAAGAGCAACGGAAUAGAAAUAGAUCGAAUCUUUUCUUCAAAUACAAUACAGCUAAAUUAGAAAAUCGAUCGAAAAAUUUGAAAAUGGAGUUAAAGCGGACAGAGAAAAGACGAGAAGCUUCGUACGAUGGCGAUCUUUGUCGAGCGAUCUUUCCGAUAUAUUACCUUGGUAAAUUGUGUGGUGUGGUGCCGGUAAGAUUUUACGUGCACGCUUCUGAAGGAUGUCAGGCUCGUUUAAAUAUCAUAGACCUCGUCUAUAGUUUAUGCGUACUGAUACUACUGCUCGGCGCGGAAAUUUGGGGCCUAUGGCGAGAUCUGAAAGACGGCUGGGAGCACAGUACCAGACUGAAAUUUCGGACAGCGAUAAUCGCGACAUGCAGCGAUGUGCUUGGAGUAAUAAGCUUAACGGUCGUUUGUAUCGCUGGCUCCCCUUUCCGAUGGAAAUACCUGCAACUUGUGAUAAACAAAUUAAUCGAGGUAGAUAGAAAAAUCGGUGUAUCGUCUGCAAAGAAAGCUCGAAGAUUCACGAUUUGUUUAACGAUAUGUAGCCUCGUCUAUCUCUGGUUCAAUUCGAUUUUAGACUUUUAUUCAUGGAGUCGCAAAACAAAAAACGAAACAUUUGCUGACAAAGGUCCUAUUAAUUAUGCACCUCUAUACGUAAUGUACACCGUGAUCAUUUCGGCAGAAAUCCAGUAUAGCGUGGCAACGUAUAAUAUAGGUCAGAGAUUGGUCCGCUUGAACAGUAGCCUGAAAAGUAUGUUGAAUACAAAUAACAGUAACAACGACGAUGCGAUCGGUUAUUUUCGAAAAUUUUCCGAAACAGCUAAUGACAUUGGAGACAAAAAAGGAUGGAACAUUACACCAAAACGGCAACUCGUAUUGGGCAGCUAUAGAUUGUCACGGAAGAUGGAUGAAAACAAAACCUACGUAAGCAGUAUAUCUGAAUUGAUAAUGGUUCAUUCUUUACUUUGCGACACAGUAUCUCUCAUAAAUACUGCUUUCGGUGUCGUACUACUAGCCGUCACUGUAUCUUGUCUAUUACAUCUAGUCAUCACGCCGUAUUUCUUGAUCGUGCAAGCUAAUGAAAAACACGAAUGGAUAUUUCUAGUCGUACAAGCUGGAUGGUGUAUCAUUCACAUAAGCAGAAUGCUGAUAAUCGUUCAACCUAGCUAUUCCACAGUCGCGGAGGGAAAAAGAACGGCAGCUCUCGUUAGUCAGUUACUUUCUUGUUGUUUUGAAGCAGACGCCCGACGAGAAUUGGAAAUAUUUUCGCUUCAAUUGUUACAUCGACCUUUGGAGUUCUCAGCAUGCGGACUCUUUUCCUUGGACAGAAACUUAAUAACGUCGGUAAGAAUUCUUGAUUACUCAUAUGAAAAGCAAAUGCAUUUAAGUAAUACGUAAAACAUAUAUUAUUAUAUUUAUAUUGAUUGUGUGCAUGUACGCACAUAUGAUUUAGAUCGCGGGAGUUAUAACAACGUAUCUCGUUAUCCUGGUACAAUACUGAGCAAGAGAGGAAGAGUGAUAGAGAGACAAUCGCAUAUUACGAUAAUGACAUUUAAUAUACCAAUUCUCGUAAACAGCGGUAAUAUACAAAUACAAGUUACUCGUAUCGUAAUCCAACUACUAAUAAUAACGAGUUGUUCCAUCGA